AUGGACACUGAAGAUGCCAUCGCAAUCGUUGGAAUUGGCUGCAAAUUUCCUGGAGCAGAAAAUGUGGAUGAAUUUUGGAAUGUUCUUAAGAAUGGGGAAGACCACGUUAAAGAUAUUCCCAAGGAAAGAUUCAAUGUCGAAGCUUUUUAUGAUAGCGAUCCUGACACGCCUGGUAAAACAUACAUCAGAAAAGCUGGAUUAGUUUCCGGGAUCAACGAAUGGGAUUACAAAUUUUUCGGAAUUGGUGAAAAUGAGGCAAAGAGAAUGGACCCCCAACAGAGAUUGGUGCUAGAGUGCACCUACAAGGCUCUGGAAGACGCCGGAAUCACCAAAACAUCGCUCAACCAAUCGGAUACAGGAGUAUAUAUAGGCGUGAUGAAUGGAGAGUUUGAAGCAAUCACUGGGAUAGAUCCUAACGUAUUAACCAACACCUCAGUGACAGGCAUUAGUAGAAGUAUCAUAUCCGCGCAAGUUUCCUACUUUUUAAACCUCCACGGUCCGGCAGUGUCUAUAGAUACUGCUUGUUCGUCUUCACUUGUCGCCAUUCAUACCGCACAACAGGCCAUUAAAACUGGUGAAAUGAAGAUGGCGAUAUGUGGGGGAGUCAACGUUUUGUUGAGUCCAGCAACGUCUAUAGGCUUGUCUAAAGCACGUAUGGCAUCAAGGGCUGGAAAAUGUCACACUUUUUCCCAGAAUGCUGAUGGCUAUGUGAGAGGGGAGGGAUGUGGAAUUGUGCUUCUAAAACGCCUUGGUGAUGCUAUUCGUGACAACAACAAAGUAUGGGCAAUCAUAGACACUGCCUGCAAUCAAGACGGACACGAGAAUUCUCCGAUCACGGCGCCAGCCGGUGUUCAGCAGGUUAGGCUCUUAGAGAGAAUCUUUGAAAAAUCAGCCGUUCAUCCCAGCAGUAUACAGUAUAUAGAAGCUCACGGUACUGGAACCCCCGUGGGUGAUCCAAUAGAAGUAAAUGCUUUGGGGAACUUUUUUAGUAACCAUCGCAAUAAUCACAGCCUAAGAAUUGGAUCUGUAAAGACUAACAUAGGGCAUCUUGAAUCUGCUGCGGGAGUGGCGGGACUCAUCAAAGUUCUUUUGAUGAUGAAAUAUGGAAAAUUUGUGCCAUCAUUGCACGCAGAGCCACUUAACAAAAACAUCCCAUUUCAAAAAUAUGGAUUCGUAGUCAGUCAAGAUAGUAGAGAAUGGAAGUGCGACACUCAUGGUCGCCGAUUAGCAUCAAUCAAUUCCUUCGGAUUUGGUGGCACAAAUUCACACGCAAUAGUAUGCAGUGCACCAAAUCUUAGCUCUCUACCAAAUAAACACAAAGUUACUAUGACAGAUGUUCUAUUUCCAAACUAUAAAGCCGUUGUUUUGUCAGCAAUUUCGAAAAAGUCAGUGCAAGAUUUAACUGAAGACUUGAGACAAAAUUUAAAUGGAAUGAAGUUGGAAGAUUUAUCAUAUACAUCUGUACUCCGUAGGGAGCACUUCAAAUAUCGCAGAAUGUUUGUCACAGACUCGAUCGGCAACCUCGACAAUCAGUUGAAAACAUUUUUAAACGACAGCGAUCAAAGCGUUUCUGUUUCACAUUUCCAGUCAUCCAAAGUAGUAUUUGUUUUCUGUGGGGUAGGAACAACUUGGAAAGGAAUGUGUGCAGAAUUUAUUACGAUAAAUCCCGUGUUCAGAAAGCAAGUUCUUGAAAUUGACAUGUAUUUAAAAAACCUAAAUGCAAACAUAUCAAUGUACGAAACCAUCAAAAACAAAGAGGAGGUUUAUGAAGAUCCCUUGAAAGCCCAUUUAGCAAUUUUUACAAUUCAGGUCGCUCUAGCUGCAUCUUGGAGACACGUAGGAAUUCAGCCAACGGCGAUCGUAGGACAAUCGGUAGGGGAAGUAGCUGCAGCGUACGAAUGUGGUUCACUUUCUCUUGAAGAUGCCGUAACAGUUAUUUAUAACCGUUCUCUGGCAUUAUCAGCUUGUAAAACUGGUUCAAUGAUGGUCAUUCGUAAUUGCUCAACCGAAGAUGUAAGUCAAGCUUGUACCGAGAUUCUUAGCAAUUUCAAAUGUAAAGCCAAUAUUGCUGUUUACAAUAGCAACGAGUCAUGUACAGUAUCUGGUGAUACAGAAGCAUUAAAAAAAAUUAAAACUAGAUUGAAAGAUGAGGCUGUGUUUAUUCCACUCAAAACAUCAUGCGCAUACCACAGCCAUCAUGCCAAAGAAGCGAGUGAGCGUCUCUCUGAUAUGCUAAAAACUCUACAUCCCAAACUGCCACAUGUUCGUUUCUUCUCAACUGUCACAGGAAUGGAGAUGAAAAAUGAAUUUGCAUCCUCAGCAUACUGGGCAUUAAAUGUUUUGAAACCUGUAAAAUUUAUGCAAGCACUGAGAUUAGUCAAAGAUGAAUUAGAGAAUGUUAUAUUUUUAGAAAUCGGUCCCCGGCCUGUAUUCAUGGCACAUCAGUCAACGGUGUUUCCUAACACAGAUAUCGCGGUCUUACCUUCAAUCAACAAAUCAUCGGAAACAAAGACGUAUUUGAGCUCGCUGAAUACAUUGUUUGAAAAAGGAAUAAACCCUUCGUGGGAAAAUCUCACAGAGGUAAAUGGCCGUCUCUCGAAAUUCCCACGAUAUAUUCUUAGCAAGCAUGACUGCUGUCUUGAAUCUGAAGUGGUCAAAAGAUGGACACAAGAAAACAGUCUAGAGGGGAAUGCUGGAAGAAUUAUUCGUCCUGUACCAGGAACGAACGGAGAAUUUAGAAUUCUUAUCUCAAAAUCGAAUACGCCCUUCGUAUAUGAACAUGCUGUAGAAAACAAAAUCAUUAUACCUGGCGCCCUGUAUGGAGAGGCAGCACUUGAAAUAGGGAGAAUAUUAUUGACUGGUGAUAUAGAAAACCUAGAAGUUUCAUGGGAAAUUUUGAAACCUCUUGAAAUCACCAUGAACGAGGAAAAGUCUCUUCUUAUCGAAACUGAUUUUGUUUCGCCACAGAGAAUCGAUUUCAAAGUGAGAGAAUCACCAGGUUCCCGAAUAUUAGCUAAUGGGUAUGCACAACAUGUAGAGAAAACGCAUUCAACGAUAUUUGACGUUGCAGGAUUUGAAAUGACCCUCGGAAAACAGCAGCCAAAUAUAGACAUCUACAAAAUUCUGAAUACCUUAGGAUUUAAGCAUGGCCCUACAUUCCGGAUAGUAUCAAAUUUCCAAACAUCGAUGAACGACAGUCUCUCUGAAAUAAACUUAACAAAAAAUGUUCAGAUGGAAUUGCCAAGAACUUGUUUCCAUCCUGUAAUCAUCGAUGGCAUGUUUCAGACAUCUUUUAAUCCAAAUAUGUUAUCAGGGGUUUCAAAAGGAUGGCGCAUUCUUCCCACAGGAGUGAAGAUGUUUAGGGUCAGACAAGCCCCUGUAGCAAAGAUGACCUGCUUUUCAAGAUUCAUGUUAAAUCAGAAUUCAAAAUUAAUAUUUAACACAUUGCUUUUGCGUGAGAAUGGAAUCGUUGUAGCAGAAAUGGAAAGUUUCGAAAUGAAAAUAAUUUCAGAGGAUGGUGAUUUUCAGAAAUAUUUUUUUGAAGAAGCAUGGCAGAAGACCAUUCUUCCAGUUAGUGAAAAUUCUUACUCUAUUCCAAGUUUUGUUUUUUCUUGGAAAGACGAGGUUCUUAGGGAGGCUAGAAAGGCUUUGUGUAGGUCUUGCUCCAAAUUAGAGACUGUCAAUCUAUCUCACGAGGAGGAAAGAAUGGCUUUUCUGUCAUUAUUGAAGGAAAAACGGCAUUCUAAUCUUUACCUCAUUCCUGGUUUUAUCAAUGCAGACGGUUAUCUGAAUGGAAAUAAUGUGUUAGAGACUGUUAAGAAGUCCACCCACCUUCUCCUGAGGGUGCUUCAGGAGGUAGAUACGAAAAACACAAGCUUAUACAUUAUUACAGAAUGGACACAGGGUGACGAGGAAAGAGAUGUCUUUGGUGUUUUUGGAUCGGAACUUUGGGGAAUGGGUCGAUCAUUUCAGAGGGAAUGCCCCGACUUUAAACUGAUAAUGAUAGAUCUACAUGGCCAGUUGUCGGACCUCCAGGAUUCACUUUUGUCCAUUACCAAUGCUUUGAAUAAUGACAAAGAUAAAAAUCUACCUCGGGAAUAUAUCAUAACAUCAAAUGGAGUCCUCACUAAAAAGCUUCAAAAUAUGCCUCUCAUCGCUUUUGAAAGUGUUGUCAAGAAAAUUGAUUCAAACAGAGAAAAGAAUUUUUCUGUGCGAGCAAGGUCUGCUAGAGAUAAUGAAACAUUAUUCAAAGUCCCAAACCUAGAAAAAUCCAAUUUUGCAAGGGAGAAUUGUACUGUUUUGAUUCAUGAAGUACUGCUGUGUUCAAAAAAUUUCCUAUUUCCACCUCCAAAAACUAUUCCAGUUGGAAAGUACUGGAGUUCUAAUCAUGACACGGGUCUUGAUGUAAUGGCUUGCGAAUUUACGGGACAAUUGAUGAAAAAUGGGACGCGUGCUGUAGGCUGUUGCCUUGUCAAUGUGACUAGCACCGUGGAAGUAAACAAGUUAUGUACAUGUGAAUUAUCGGACUUACCAUUUUACAGGAUUGGAAUGAUUUCCAAUACUGUAAUAGCAAUGUGUUUGGCAGAAAAAAUAGGAAAGAAGAAUAAUGUACAGAUAUUAUUUGACAAGCAAUUCGAAAACGUCACAAAACUGUUACAAAUGAUGUUACGAAAAAGACAUUGUUCAGUCUUUGCUGCAGAAUUCAAUGCUAAAAAAGACACACAAAACCCAUCAACGACUUGCCUUGUCUUGCUCACAAAUCAAAUUGCGUGUUCUUUUGAAGCUAUUGUGUUCUGGUUUCCGAACAUGAAACAAUUGCUGAGCAUUAAAGGUCUUCUGCCAUUGUCCACAAUUUUGAAUAAUCAAGCUCACUAUCCAUAUAUAGAAUCUUGUGCUAUUGAUGUAUAUGAAGCAUUCGAGCAAACGAAAAUGCAAAAGAGGUUUCUGCAAGCAAAACGAUUAAUGCUUGACAAUAAAGAUUUUUUCGCCGAAAUAACCCCUCCAAGUUUAGAAUGCAUUUUAAACUUACAUUCUUGGAAUGGAACUACAGAAGUAGAAGUACCAAAUAAGUUCUUGAUAAGACCGGACUCGGCAUACAUUGUCAUAGGUGGACUUUCUGGUCUAGGUUGGGAAGUAACAAAAUUUUUAGCCUCUCGAGGCGCAAAAGUGGUAAUUAGUCUUUCCAGAAGGACACCAUCUACAUUAGAGAAGAAUCGACUAGAGAACAUGAAAAAUAUUCAAAAUACGGUAAUUGUGCACGUAAAAGCUGACAUUACAGAGAUAAAAGAUUUAGAACGUGUUUUCUCGGGUCUUUUGCGUCAACUAGGUAGCACACGGAUUCGUGGAGUUUUUCAAGGCGCAGGCGUUCUCAAAGAUUUACCUGUAACAAGGCUCACAAACGAAAGCUUUGAUAUUCCACUGAUUCCAAAAAUACUAGGUACUUGGAAUUUGCACUUAAUGACAAAAGACAUUGAUUUAGAUUAUUUUGUCAUGCAUUCUAGUAUUGCAUCACUUUUUGGAAACAAGGGACAAACUAAUUAUGCAGCAGCGAAUGCCUUUAUGGAUGCAUUUGCGUACUAUAGAAGAUCAAAAGGUAAAGCAGCGCAGGUUAUCAACUGGGGUCUGCUUUCAGUUGGAAUGGGAGCUGAUCAAGAUGUUCAGUCAAUAAAUGCAAUGGGCGGUCUUCAUGCUUUGCCUAAAGAAAAAAUAUUGGUUGCCUUAAACCAUGCGUUAAUUACAAACAGAGUUCAGUUCAUGUUUGCAAGCAUGGAUAUAUCUCGAGUAGAGAGACAAGAUGAGAAGUUACGAAAAGAGAGGCAAAAUCGCCUUAAAAUUGACGUUCAGAACACAAACACUGGCAGUAAUGAAUCAUUUCAAAAUAAAGACCAAUUGCUUCAAUCGUGGAUUGACUCUGUCAGGUAUGCCUCAGCAUCAGUUUUGGCAGUUGAACCCACAGAUAUUAAAGAAACAUCAAUUCUUCUAGAUUUUGGAUUAGAUUCUCAGAAAGCAAUAGAACUUAUCAACUACCUAUAUGCAUCCAGUCAUGUCCGAUUACCCGUUGUUUAUCUUAUGGCAGGUAAAAGUGCUGUCCGUGAUAUAGCUGAAUACUUCAUGUCGAAAAUAGCUGAGGAGGACACGACCGAUAACGAUAAUUUCGUUUCUGAAAGUCCCUCCUUCUUGGAGCAACACUAUUUAGACUUGCGAAAAAAGGACCCAGAUAACCCUCAUUUAACGAUUACGUUGGAUUUACAUGUUUCAUCGCAAUUUAAUAGUGCAGAAAUAUGGAAAGGCUCUCUCUUGAAUCUUAUUUCAAUCAACCCAGAAUUGAGAACAUUGCUUCAAGAGACAGAAGAGGGUAAGAAGCGUGCUAACAUACAAAAGGUCAUAAUUGACAUUGAGGACGUUACCUUCCAUUUUAUUACAGUUUCUUCGAAAGAGGAUUUUAAAAAGGCGUCUGACAGUAUUUCAAAAUUCGAUCCAUACGUAGACAUUCCAAUAAAAGCUGUAUUUUGGAAGUCCUCUGCAUUUGGAAUUCUUAGAUUGUUAAUAAAUCACUGCUGCUUCGAUAACGGAUGUGUGGCAGCUAUUGUAAAAGAUCUUCAAUAUUUCAUGACUCAAUACAUAUUACAUCAGUAUGCUCCAGAUAAGUUUUCCCAUCAGCCAGUUGAUCCAGCCUUGGCAAUGGAAGGGAUGUUGAAUGAGCAAAUGGACGAACUUAAAUCUUACUGGAACAUGGAACUUUCCAAAUGUCGAGAAUCACAGAGUUUCCAAAGGAUUCAAAAAGUGGAGGAGACAAGUCCCGCAAGUACGAGUGCAGUCAUCACAAGACACUUGAAUGUGGAUCAGUUACAAAAGAUUGAAGAGAUGUCUACGAAAAGUCAAAGUACGCUGUUCACCUUGUUUUGUACUGCUUUUCAACUAGCCAUACAAAAACAAUUAAAUUGCCAUAGAACAUGUGUAAUCACAGCAGCAGAUACCAGAAUGCAUCUCCCAGAAUUCCGGGAAAGACCUGUUUUGUGCGUGAAUUACAUUCCCAUUAUUUCAACAGAUAUGAUUACCCGAAAUUCAUCUUUCCAUAACUUACUAAAGGAAAAUAAAAAUAUUAUUGCUCAAGGAAUGUCCAAAAGUCUCUUUCCUCUCAAACUUAUGAAAGAAUUACCAGCCUUCGUAGAAGAUAUUCAUGGCGUGCAUUCAAUUGUAAUGGAAGAUUUGACACUUUGGAGUGUUUUCAACACUUCUCAAGUUCAAUUAUCCAAAUUUGGCGUGGAACAAGAUUCAAGCUAUGAAACAAAUCUUAGUGUAAUUAUUCAUCCCAACAAGUCUUUAGAGCUAAAACUGAGGUACUCAGUGGAAAAAGUGGGAAAAUAUCUUGCAGAGAACAUUCUAGAAAACAUUGAAGCUAUCUUGGAAAAGUUUGUAUCGGUUAUGAACUUCAAUACCAAUACCUUGCAUUCAAACAAAAUGGAACGAGAAAAUAUUUCUUCUUGUACAACCGCAAUGGCAGAUUUAGGAAAAAGAAAAUAUCUAUUGUAA